AUGUCCAUUCGUAAGCGCAAGCCCUUCGAACUAGGGAAGUAUCUUCCCAAUAUCGCCACACAACGAAUUCAGAAAUUAGAGGAGAUUAAACAGCUAUUGCUAGAGCUGGACAAUCGAUUAAAGAUGGAGAAUGUUGGUUUGCGAGAACUCACUGGUAUCUCUGCCGGUACCAAUGAUGAAGAAGCAGGAUUUUCAGAUAUUUUGCAAUCAUUUCCUGCAGAAAAUAAACCGGAUGUUGCUUUAAACGGAGGCUCUACGCUAUCACCUAUUCCCGAUACUUCCGAUAUUCAUGCCCAAGCUCCAGAUAUAUCAAGCGGUUGCCGAUCGACAAGGUCCUUCCUUGUUGCUCAGUAUCCCAGCGAUUCUGUGAAUAAUACUUCCAUUCCUUUCGAAAAUUUGGAUACUUAUCAACUACCUGAAAUUAUUGACAUCACCAAUCAGACUCCCCGAAAACCCGGUCUUUACGGUUCUUUGGAACCCGAAGCUUUUCUUAAAUUCGCUUCGGACUUAGUCGGUGAUACCAUUCCUAGUAAACCCCUUGGAGAAAUUGUACUAGCUAAUAAAACCCAACGAUCAUCAUGA